ACGAAAAUAUGAAGGAGUGGUAUAUCUGCAAUAAUAUCAAAAUUGAAGGGGAAUCUUGUACCGCCCAUCUCAUUCUAACUAUAAAAUUCCAACCAGCAUUUUUCAGCUCCUACGGUUUUCUACACGAAAUCGAUUUUCAUUUCCAGAAACUCUCAAAAAAAGGUUCAAUAAUGGGGUCAAGAUACGAAGUCGAGGUCACAAUCUCUUCUGCCAAGGACUUGAAGAACGUCAACUGGCGACACGGCAAGCUGAAGCCUUACGCUGUCGUUUGGGUUGAUCCAAAAGCCAAGUGCUCCACCAGAGUCGACGAGGAGGGCGACACAUGUCCUUACUGGGACGAGAAGAUUGUAAUUCCGUUCAACACUCCAGUGGAGGAAUCCACCCUCCACGUGGACAUCGUGCAUGCCGACUCCGUUGAGGACACCAAGCCACUAAUCGGCUCGGCUAAGCUUCCGCUGCGGGAAGUAGUAGAUGACGUCGGAUUUGGGAGCCGAUUGGAGAAGAAGCUCGAGCUCAAGCGCCCCUCUGGACGGCCACAAGGGAAACUGGAAGUGAAUGUUAUUGUGCGCGAGCCACGCUACCGUGCGCCGGAUCCUUACUACGCGCCGUACGGAGUCCCUCCACCGGGGAGUAGAGACUACCCUGCAGCACCACCACCAUACGGUACUCCAUAUGCAGCUCAACCGCCGUCGGGUUAUCCCUACGGUGCGCCUUCCUAUGGUCAACCAAGUUACGGGCAGCCAGCUUAUGGGCAAGGUGGUUACUACGGGCAGCCGGGGUAUGCGGUAGAGGAGAAGAAGAAAAGCAAAUUCGGUGGGAUGGGAACAGGAUUGGCUGUGGGUGCGGUAGCAGGGGCGUUAGGUGGACUCGCGUUGGCUGAGGGCGUUGAUGCACUGGAGGACCAUAUUGCCGACGACGUGGAGGAUCGUGUGGAGGAUGAUUUGGGAUUUGAUGGUGAUGAUUUCUAGAACGUACUAUGU